UUCGGAUUGGCUGCGGCAGCACGGAGACGGUUCUGCGGGGCCGGAGUGUGUGAUGGUCGGCCAAGAGGAGAGAGAAGCACCGGGAGGGAGAAGCAAAGCGAGAGUCCAGGUGAAGAGUCCAGGUGAAGAGUCCAGGUGAAGAGACCAGGUGCACACAGUUUGUCAGGAUGAUCCGACCGUUCCUGAUGUGUUUCGUCCUCUGCGUCGUCUAUGGCAGCUCUAAACCCACAGAGAAGGGUCGAGUUCACGAGGAAGUACCUCUCAGCAACCUCGAUCAUGACGACGAGAAAGACCACGAAUAUGACCACGAAGCUUUUCUAGGUAAAGAGCAGGCCAAAAUCUUUGACAAGCUGCCGCCACAGGAGAGCAAACGGAGGCUCGGCAUCAUCGUGGACAAAAUCGACACUAACAAAGACGGUUACAUCACCGAAGAGGAGAUGAGGGUUUGGAUCAGAGCGGCUCAGUUGAAACAAGUUUAUAGCGGCGUGGAGACACAGUAUGAAGACCUUGAUGCGAACAAGGACGGUGUGAUCAACUGGGAGGAGUAUAAGAAGGUCACGUUCGCCGGUCAUCUGGAUGAACCCACUGACGGUGAAUUUAACUACACUGACAUGAUGGUGAAGGACGAGAGACGUUUCAAAGCCGCAGACAGAAAUGGAGAUGUGAAGUUAAACAAAGAAGAGCUUGGAGCUUUUCUUUAUCCUGAAGAAUUCGACUCCAUGCACAACGUUUUGGCGGAGGAAACGCUCGAGGAAAUUGACACGAACGGAGACGGUUUCAUCGACAUGAAGGAGUACAUUGAUGACCUCUACACUCCACAGGAGGGAGAACCAGAACCAGACUGGUUGGGGUCGGAGCGUCAGGAUUUUAAAGAGCAGAAAGACAAAAACAAAGAUGGAAAGAUGGACAAACAAGAGAUUCUGGCCUGGAUUCUUCCCACUGAUGAACCCCUCGCUGACAAUGAGGCCAAACACCUUAUGAAAGAGUCUGACGCCAACAAGGAUGCAAAACUCACAAAACAGGAAAUCCUCGACAAAUACGAGGUGUUUGUUGGAAGCCAGGUGACGGACUACGGCAACGCUUUACUAGAACACGAUGAGUUCUAGUGGCAAAACCUGAUCUUACUCAUGUUCUGGAUUUAAAACUUUGAGACUUGUGUUACUUUCAAAAACAGAUUUGACAGGAUAAUUUGAUCUUUUUGUAAUAUAUCCACCUUUAGGACUUUAUAUUACGUCCAUGUUCGGUUUGUUUCUGCUCCUCUCUCUGGUUCGUUGUUCUUGUUAAAGGUUUAUUUUUCUGCUGCUGUGAUCAGUUUACUGACCUCUCCUCCCCCAGUUUUUAUCUGUACAUUUUCUGUUUUCUUUCAUUUCUGUUUAUGAUUCCACUGAAUGAUUUAUGCACUUAUUUGUAAGACUAAAUAGUCGGACAGUUCAGAACAAAGUCAAAAGCUCUGGAAAUGCCAUGAAGAAUAAUUGUUUCUCUACAUUUUAUAUCACUGUAAGGCUAAUUUACACCAGUUUGUCUUGAAUCCGCACACAGACAGAAAGUCAGUCAUUCAUAUUUUGGACUAAAUGCUGUACUUUGACUUUUACAGCCUCUUUAUCAAUAAACAUUUAAAAAUGC